GCCCAGGACGCUCUCACUGACAACACGGACUAUGGCGUCCAGCGCGGAUCGAAAUCCUCCUCCUUUCCCCGCAUCGGAGGAGCCAGAGCCCGAACUGUCCGACAUGGCAGACGGAGACAGCGACGAGGGAGAGGACAUUUUUGUCAGCAACAGCCACCCGGCGUCUGUCAGUCGGGGAGUUUCUCAGCCAGAGGAGCCCGCAGAUCUGUUCAAUGAGGAGGCCACCGCUGCCCAACCCAACGGAGUUCACUCCGAUGACGAUGACCUGUUUGCAGAAGCACAAGCAGAUUUAAGCUCAGAUCCGUCCGCCGACUCUCCUCGUCAGGAUCUGUCCUGCUCUUCUGGCCCGCCGUCGGCUCGGAGUCCUGCAGCUCUGCAGCCCACCUCUUUGGAGCAGCUGGAAGAAGAGGAUAGCUUCGAUGUGGAUGUUGCCGUCACCAACCCAGAGAAAGUUGGAGAUGGAAUGAAUGCAUAUGUGGCCUACAAAGUAUCCACCAGGACUUCUUUGCCCAUGUUCAAAAGUAAAGCCUUCACUGCCAGGAGGCGUUUCAGCGACUUCUUAGGCCUCUAUGAAAAACUCUCAGCCAAACAGUCGCUCCACGGUUGCAUCAUCCCACCUCCACCUGAGAAAAGUGUUGUAGGAAUGACAAAAGUGAAGGUGGGCAUGGAUGACCCCUCGUCUGUGGAGUUUGUGGAAAAGAGAAGAGCUGCUCUGGAGAGGUAUCUUCAGAGAAUAGUGUCUCACCCGCUGCUACUACAAGAUCCUGACGUCCGUGAAUUCUUAGAAAGAGACGAUCUGCCCAGAGCGGUAAACACCCAGGCGCUCAGUGGAGCCGGUUUCCUGAAAAUGAUCACCAAGGCGUCUGACGCUGUCAGCAAGAUGACCAUCAAGAUGAACGAGUCUGACACUUGGUUUGAGGACAAAUUCCAGGAGGUGGACAUGGAGGAGCAGCAGCUGAGGAAGCUUCACGCUGUCGUUGAUUCUCUGGUGAAUCACAGAAAAGAGCUGUGCAUGAACACAGCUGUGUUUGCCAAAAGCAUGGCCAUGCUAGGAAACUCUGAGGACAACACGGCCCUGUCGCGGGCCCUCUCCCAGCUGGCCGAGGUGGAGGACAAGAUGGAGCAGCUGCACCAGGAGCAGGCAGGAAGCGACUUCUUCGUCUUCGCCGAGCUGCUCGCCGACUACAUACGCUUGCUUGGAGCCGUGCGGGGUUGCUUUGACCAGCGUGUGCGGGCGUGGCAGCGAUGGCAGGAGGCUCAGGGCACGCUGCAGAAGAAGAGAGAAGCCGAAGCCAAGCUGCUGUGGGCUAACAAACCCGACAAGCUGCAGCAGGCGAAGGAAGAGAUCGGCGAGUGGGAGGCGAAGGUUACUCAGUACGAGAGAGACUUCGACAGGAUUGGGAUGACCGUGCGGAAGGAGGUUCUCAGAUUCGAGAAAGAAAAGGCAAAGGACUUCAAGAGUCAGAUAAUCAAGUAUUUAGAGGCGAUGCUGCAGUCUCAACAACGGCUCAUAAAGUUCUGGGAGGCGUUCCUGCCUGAAGCGAAGGCGAUAGCUUAAUGAAGUGGAUUUUCCUCUUUUUCUUUUUACUAAAAAGAAAACCCCAACUGCCUUUUUGAACACUUUUACCUCUUUACCAGACGUUGAGAGAGAGAGAGAGAGAGAGAGAGAGGAAAGUUUUUGAAACACAGAAGGAACUUCCGUCCGUUUUUUUCUCUUUGUCUUUUUAAUUCAAAUGAAUUCUUCUGUACAGACGUUUGAUAUAAUAAGCUGCCACACGUACCUACUAUGUCUUUGACAACAUUUUGUGUUUGGGGGAUCGGGGGGGGUUUCGUUUAAAGGGUGAUUGUAAAGCAAGAUUCAAGCCUGACAUGAACUUGCCUGAAUUGCGUGCGGGACUCACUGUCUCGUCAGUGGAUCGUUUAUACCGAGAUACUCCACCGUGUAUCAUUGUCUGUAGUUUACAUUGGACGAUAGUCGUUCCACUCCCAGCAGCCGCUGUUUAAUAGAUGCAUGUUGCAAAGUUCGAUGCACUAAAAUGGAUCGCACAAACGGAAAGCUUUUCUUUUUUUUUUUAAUACUAAAACACCAGUGUUGAUGACUAUUAAAUGUAUUAACGCAUUCUGAAGGUUUAUUAUAACACAAUGUAUUUUGGAUAUUAGAAACAGUGUUACAGUGCAGAACUAACGCCACAAGCUUAUCAAAGUUUUAACCAAUUAAUUAGUCGUAAGGCAAGCUCAACAGGAGGAUACAAUCUGUAUCACUGCUAUAUUUAUUGUAUUAAUGACUUUGUUCGUCCAUAUAUUCAAUAGUGCUGCAUUUAUUUUGUCGCCAGGUAACGUGGACCUGUUACAGAUAUUGAAUCACACAGACACUGUUUGAUCGUUUUCCUGCUGAAUAGGCGAGCGACUGGUUAAACGGUGACAGAAAAACUGACAAUAAGUGAUGCGGCCCCUUAUUUACUGUUUUCUGAUUGUCCUCUACAUAAGAAUGUGCUUUAUUUUUAUAACCACUUUGCAUUAGUACAUGCAUUUUCUUUGAAAUGGUGUUCAGGCAAAUGUACAAAAUAAAUGUUUGACUAAG